AUGGCUAAAGUCGAAGUACAGAUUCGUAGUUGCUUCUGCUGCGGAUUAUCUUUAGCCACCGUCUUUGUCGCUCUAUAUACUUUGAUUCUCUAUUCUAUCCUACUUGGGCUCGCUGCAUGGGGAUUAUCCGACACCGCGAAUAAUGGCGACGCGUCACAUUUUCGUAGUUGCGAAUUGGAAGCGCAAGGGAAACUGCCAGCAGAGAAUCGCAAGCUCACAUUCCAUGGUGGACAUACGACGGUAGUGGUGGAGGACUCGACGACUUACCAUUGCUCAUUUGGCCUUUACACUGAAGAACUGAAGUAUGAAGCCGGACUACGUUACUCUGUCUUGGUCAUAGACAUCUUGAUCUAUAUCGGCAUGAUUCUUGCCUCGAUUCUUCUGCUCAUUGGCCUGUUUAUCUACAACCAAUGGCUGCUGGUACCAUGGAUCAUCAUUAUGGGAAUCGACAUUAUUCGAGGCUUAAUCUCUGUGCUAUUCAUCUUCAUUUAUAGCUAUGUGAGUGUCGUUUAUUAG